CAAGAUUCUCCAUAUAAAUACGAGACUGGACUCUCCGCCAGCCUCACUAUUCCUCAGCAUAUUAACAAAGCUUCCUUCUUCCUCCAUGGACAUGGCUGCUCCUACCAUUCUUUUUCUUCUCCUUUCACUUUACCUUAUCGGGUGCUAUUCUGUUGACGGAAAAUCAGAAACCUAUGUAACUAUUCGACUCUCCUCUCUUCUGCCUUCUCCUGUUUGCAACCCUUCCAGCUAUGCUAGUGGAAGGAAGUCGUCAUCUUUGGAAGUAGUUCACAAGCGAGGUCCCUGUUUUAUUAACGGAGAUCACAAUUCAAGCUCUGCAUAUUCUCACUCAGAGGUCCUCCUCCAGGACCAAGCUCGAGUUGACUCCAUUCAAUCUAAACUCUCCAAGAACUCCGGCCGUGUUCAGAUAGACAAGGCCUCUAAACUUCCGGCGAAGGACGGCAGCGUGGUGGGUUCAAGCAACUACAUUGUUACAGUGGGACUUGGGUCACCAAGGAAAAAACUAUCUCUAGUAUUUGACACAGGAAGCGACCUCACAUGGACACAAUGCCAACCUUGCAUUGGUUCUUGCUAUCACCAAAAAGAACCCAUCUUUGACCCCAGAGCUUCCCAUUCAUAUGGCAAUGUUUCUUGCUCAUCGUCCUUGUGCAGUUCACUGUCCUCAGCCACAGGAAAUGCGGGGAGUUGUGAAUCAUCCACCUGCGUUUAUGGCAUCCAAUACGGGGACUCUUCAUCCUCCGUUGGAUUCUUUGCUAAAGAAACCCUUACCUUAAGUCAUUCAGACGUUUUCCCUGGCUUCCUCUUCGGCUGCGGCGAAAAGAACCAAGGUUUAUUCGGUGGCGCCGCCGGCUUGCUCGGUCUUGGCCGUGACCCAGUUUCAAUAGUCUCUCAAACUGCAAAAAAAUACAAGAAGCUUUUCUCUUAUUGCCUUCCAUCAACACCAAGCUCAACUGGCCACCUCACUUUUGGCCAAGGCGGUGGCGGCGUCUCAAAAUCUGUACAAUUCACUCCAUUAUCUACCAUCUCUGAAGGGUCUUCCUUUUACGGCCUUGAAAUUACAGGAAUCUCUGUCGGCGGCCAAAAACUACCCAUUAAACAAUCAGUUUUCACCACGGCUGGAGCCAUUAUCGACUCAGGAACCGUGAUCACCCGCCUCCCACCCGACGCAUACUCCUCUUUGCGCUCAGCGUUCCGUCAGAAGAUGUCGAAAUAUCCAAAGGCGCCAGCUCUGUCGAUUCUUGACACGUGCUACGAUUUUAGCAAGUAUAAGGAGGUUUACCUGCCUAAAAUUGCCUUCUCCUUCGGCGGUGGUGUCGUAGUGAACCUUGACAAGAUGGGGAUUAUGUUUGUGAAUUCUGUUUCACAAGUUUGUCUGGCGUUUGCGGGCAAUCGUGAUGCCAAUAGCAUCGCCAUCUUCGGGAAUUCGCAGCAGAAGACCCUGGAGGUGGUGUACGACGCCGCCAAGGGGAGGAUUGGGUUUGCUCCCAAUGGCUGCUCUUAGUCAAUUCUGUCAACAGGAAGACAAGAAUAUGCCGACCUUUUUAUCUCAGUUAAAAGGUUCUCCCAUUUCAGUCAAAGUCCAAUCCAGUUGUUAGAGUUUGCAAUCAAACCUGGUUGCUCGUGAAAUUUCACUCCUUAUCUAGCUGUUCUACUCUGUUUCUUGCUCAUCGUCAACAGUAUUUUCAUAUUUACGACUUUUUUGCUUUAUAUAAUCAGUCUAUCCUGUGGAUGCCAUAAUGUGAUCGUUCUCUCUUUUUCAACUAGAUGUUACAAAAUGAGCUAGCUACGCUUGUACAAAACUAUAUAUACCUAAAAAUGAAAAGCUAUGUAAGUUUGCUAAA